CAUUGACACUGACAAUUAAAGGAUGACGCAUACUCAAAAGUGGCGAGUAGAAAAAUAAUGCAAUUUUUUAAUAUUAGCUAAAGCAAGCUAAAGAAAAACGCGUAAUAAGGCGUAAUCCGUAAUAUUAGAGGAAGUUUGUAUGUUUAGGAUAAUCUUUUAAAGCAAAAUGAGUUUUCUGGGGAAGUUAUUCGGAGGGAAAAAGGAAGAAAAGGGACCUACGACACACGAAGCUAUACAAAAGUUACGGGAAACUGAAGAACUAUUAGUGAAAAAACAAGAGUUUCUAGAGAGGAAGAUUGAAGGAGAGAUACAGACAGCUAGGAAACAUGGGACAAAGAACAAACGAGCUGCGAUUGCUGCACUUAAACGCAAGAAGCGAUAUGAGAAACAACUCAACCAGAUUGAUGGCACACUCACACAGAUUGAGGCCCAGAGGGAAGCCCUGGAGGGUGCAAACACUAACGCGCAGGUGCUCAAUACAAUGAGGGAUGCAGCAAACGCCAUGAAACUGGCUCACAAGGACAUAGACGUAGACAAAGUGCACGAUAUCAUGGAUGAUAUUGCUGAGCAGCACGACAUAUCGCGCGAGAUUACCGACGCAAUCAGCAACAAUGUGGCCUUCCCCAACGACAUCGACGAGGAUGAACUGGAGAGGGAACUCGAGGAGUUGGAACAGGAGGAACUGGACAAGGAGAUGAUCGGGAUCAGUGUGCCUGCAGACAACCUGCCAGACGUGCCGGCCACUGAGCCGGUGCCAGCCAAGGCUAAACCCAGCAAGGAAAAGGAAGAUGAUGAUGAGGAUUUCAAACUGCUCAAAUCGUGGGCCACAUAGACACAUCUCAUAUAAGCUGUUGUUCGUGAUAUUUUCAGCUAUACAUGCAUUCAUAAAUCUGAAUAAUCUAUCUAUUUAUAUUAAGCAACAUUGUUUUUCUUUUAUAUAAAACAUUUAACCUAUGUACGGGAUUAGUCAGAUUGGUUUAAGCUUUAUCUAUUUUCUUCUACAGUGACAUGCUCUUACAUUAAUUUUAUUGCUGUUUUCAAUUUUAUUUUCCUAUUUUUUAUACACUAACAAAUCAUUUAAAAUUUCAGGGUUAAUUUUUAUACUUUUUUUGUUGUAUUUUUUUGAUAUUACAACUCAAACUGUGACUGAAAAGUUAAGUUAACGCCAUUAACCAAUAAAAGUAUCUAUAUUAUUAUC